AACAAACACUCUUCCUUGUUGCUGCUUUCGUCAAUUCUGAGGUAAAAGAAAGUAAAGAGAAAGAGAGAGAGAGAGAGAGUCAUAAUCAUAAGUCAUACCUGAUUUCCAUUCUCUCUGAGAGACAGUGCGAGAUUGGCAUAAUGGCGAAAAAAGCCGUUUUGAUCGGAAUAAACUACCCGGGAACAAAGGCGGAGCUGAAAGGAUGCAUAAACGACGUGUGGAGGAUGCACCGCUGCCUCAUCGAUCGAUACGGUUUCUCCGAAGACGACAUCACCGUUUUGAUCGACACGGACGAAUCCUACACGGAGCCCACGGGGAAAAACAUUCGGUCAGCGCUGACCAGACUCAUACGAUCGGCGAGGCCGGGGGACGUGCUGUUCGUGCAUUACAGCGGACAUGGCACGCGCCUCCCCGCGGAAACCGGAGAGGAUGAUGACACUGGCUUUGAUGAAUGCAUUGUUCCUUCUGAUAUGAACCUCAUCACUGAUGAUGACUUCAGAGAAUUUGUAGAUGGGGUCCCUAGAGAAUGUAAGCUCACAAUAGUAUCAGAUUCUUGCCAUAGUGGUGGCCUAAUUGAUGGAGCUAAGGAGCAGAUAGGAACUAGCACAAAGGGAGAAGGGCAACAACAUUCUGGUUCUGGUUCUGGCUUUGGAUUAUCCAGUUUUCUUCGUCGCUCCGUUGAGGACGCCAUCGAAUCUCGUGGAGUUCAUAUCCCUUCAGCAUUGCGCCAUCAUAGACACAAGCAUGAACAUGAAGCUGAUGAUGAUAGGGACAUUGAGCUUCCACAUGUGGACCAUGGCUAUGUAAAGAAUAGGUCAUUGCCACUUUCUACCAUCAUAGACAUACUCAAGCAGAAAACUGGGAAAAAUGAUAUAGAUGUUGGGAAAUUGAGACUCUCGCUUUAUGACAUAUUUGGGGAAGAUGCUAGCCCUAAAGUGAAGAAGUUCAUGAAGGUUAUCUUGAAUAAACUCCAACAAGGGGAUGGUGGAAGUGGAAAACAAGGUGGAAUCUUGGGGCUAGUGGGUAGUCUUGCCCAAGAGUUUCUCAAGCAAAAGAUUGAUUCAAGUGAUGAUGGUGGUUAUGCAAAACCUGCCAUGGAGACAAAGGUUGAAAGCAAAUAUGAGGCAUAUGCUGGAACAAGUUCAGCCAAGCCGCGCCUUUCAGACGGCGGAAUUCUGAUGAGUGGUUGUCAAACAGACCAAACUUCUGCUGAUGCAAGUCCAGCAGGUAACUCUGCCAGUGCUUAUGGAGCUUUUAGCAAUGCAAUACAGGCUGUGAUUGAGGAGAGUGAUGGUGCUGUCACAAAUCAAGAGAUUGUUUUGAAGGCAAGGGAGAAGCUGAAGAGGGGAGGUUUCAAACAACGGCCAGGACUUUACUGCAGUGAUGACCAUGUUGAUGGUCCUUUUGUGUGCUGAUGAGUGAUGAGUUCUGUCAUCUGGUGCAGAAAAUCAGAGUUAUUUGUGUUGUGUAUGAUGAUAUAUGCUUGUGUAUUACUUGUUUUGGACAAUUAAUGCUUGCUCAAAAGCAAUAUUUACUUUGACUGUGAUUUCAGUUAUUAUUCAUUAGUGACAGAAUAAUAACUAAAAAUGAGACUGCACAAUUGUGUUGCCAUAGAGAAUGAGUGAGUCCCUCCUCUAAAAAUGUUUCCGACAGUUGUUGCUUCAUGCAUUGGGAAACAUGUUUCAUGCCUCAAUAUGGAAUGUUUUAUUCUUUA